AUGGGCGUCCUCUUUAACCACGUCCUCCCCGAUCCCAACUUUUCUAGGACGCCCGAGGAAGACGAGCAAUUCGCCGAGGUGUUGGUCGGCGGGCUCCGGAGAAAGGCCGCCGAUGUAUAUAGAUCGUUUCUGGACCACGAACUACCUUCCAAUAGGGAUGAAUGGGAUUUCGGACACGUGGUACGGCUUGGUCAAGCUGUCAUAAAGCUCUCCGAAAAGAUCAAGAAACGUUACAAGAAGACGCCGGAGAUCAUGGGCGCCAAUCCUCAGAAAGCCUUAGUGGAGACGGUUCUGCCGAGCUUUCAAGCGGACGCGAAAGCCAUCAUAGAGCAGAUCAUGGCCUGCGCAAAGGAGCAGGAUAAGGAGAUUCCAAUUGAUGAAGGGUUCCUUUUGUAUAGGGAGCUUGUUGAUCUCCGUCGCAUUCACACCGAAACCCUCCCGUCUCAGCCAUUUGCCUUUGACGUGGAAGACCUGCUGGUCACAUUUGUUUGGAGGUGGAUCGAUGUCAUAAGUGCAAGCGUUGAAGGGCAUAUCGAGGAGGCCAUCAAGCAGGACAAAUUUCAAGUCAGACCGGACAAACCCGGGCAAAUGGCGUUGGAUUCUCAGCGGCACAGCUUGUCUAUAACGGACGCGUUUACCCUGUUCAACCAAACAGCCGACCAGAUUUUCCAGCUGGAAUGGAAUCACGAAGUUCACUACGCUCGAUUCAUGACCGCCUUGGCACGGGUAUUCGCAAACGGCAUUGGCCGGUACUGUGAGGUGGUCUGGGAGCAGUUCGCCAAGGAGAUGGACCGGCCCAGUGCCCAUGAAACCGCGGUCGCCAACAUGACAGCGCAGGAAAAGUUCUUCCAGUACGCAAAAGACGCGUGGAACAAUAAGGAAAGGAUCGAGCCUUUCCAGUUUUACCCUGAGUCCUUUGUUAAACUUAACAACAUCGAAUUUGCUAUGCAGGAGCUGGACAAGCUUGAAAAGUCCAUGGAUGUGGAACGUUGCGCCACGCUCCUUGAACGAGUGGACGGGCCUAAAAGGCACCUUCGUAAGCCAACGAAGUACGUGUUCACGGUGAAGAUUAUUGAGGCAGAGGAUCUCAAAGCAUGCGACCCGAACGGCUACAGUGAUCCGACCCUGAACCUCAUCGCUACAAUCUGGGACUAUGAUACGUUUGGCGACCAUGACUUUGUGGGCAGGACCUCCUUGAAGCUUGACCCUCUCCACUUCAGCGACUACCUGCCCCGGGAGUUCUGGCUGGACCUCGAUACGCAAGGCCGCCUUCUCGUGCGUGCCAGCAUGGAGGGCGAGAGAGAUGAUAUUCAAUUCUCUUUUGGAAAGGCUUUCCGGCAUCUUAAGAGGACAGAGCGCGACAUGGUCCGCAAGAUCACUGGCAAGCUUACGUCGUAUAUCGAUGCAACCCUCUCUCGGGAGACUCUUCGCAACCUGGCCAAGACCGGAGGUAUCGGGGCAUCGGUGACGAGCCUCUGGAAGAAGCGCGUAUCCGAAGCACCAGCCCUACGGCGGGAAGAUAUUGAGGGGGCUCUAGAGAUGCUUCUGGAAUAUUUCAACGAUAACUUCGCAAUCAUGAAGCUAACCCUCACGGACGCGACUAUGCUCGCAGUCAUGACUAGACUGUGGAAAGAAGUGCUCAUGGCCAUUGAAGGUCUUCUUCUCGACAUCGUCUAUCAGUGGCUCCAGAUACUCCUCGAGUUUUUCAACGCCCGGGACGCGCACAGCGGGGAACAGCUGGGUGUUCCGAUGGAUGUUCUGAAGUCGGCCAAGUGGCACGAGCUGGCCUCGCUUAAUUUCUUCUACAACGAGGAAACGAACAAUCUAAUUCGGGAGUCGGAGAGGAUGGCGGCGUCCACGGCCCAGCGAGCUCAAGCUAUGCUACGCCAGCAGGCGGCGCAGCCGAACAACCAUAGACUCUCAGCGCCAGCGGCGUUUGGCGCAUCGCUGGGCGGAGCUGGGGCUUUCGCCAGUAUGGGCACCAUUCGCCGAGGCAAAAGCAUCAUGAUGAGUCGCAAUCUUGGUACGAUGCGCAAAGCCAAAGAAGAAAAGCGGAAGGACGCGCAGGCUGAUCCGAACGACGAUAUGAUACUCCGGAUCUUACGUAUGCGGCCCGAGGCGGCGGGCUACCUCAAGGACCGGCACAGGCAAAAGGAACGGCAGGCGGCUGCGGCGGCGGCGGCGCUCAUUGUCCGGAACAGUGUUAACCAGUCCUCCAGCUUUGGACGGAACAACCUUCCUCUUCGCUGA